ACAGUCGGUAUGUUUUCUUGCGUUCCCCAAAUGGGAACGAAGUGUAGAACAAAGACCGUGACCUUGUAUUGGGGCUUACUAGUUGUCUGCACCUCGCUCACUCUGGGACAGGCAAAUGCGGAAAUAUGCAGUGGUAUGGAUAUCAGAAAUCAUGUGGGCGAUCUUCGGCAGCUGGAGAACUGCACCAUAAUAGAAGGCUACCUGCAGAUCCUCCUCAUCUUCAAUGGCAAAGCGGAAGACUUCCGCGUCCUCCGAUUCCCAAAGCUGACGGUUAUCACUGAUUAUCUGCUGCUAUACCGUGUCUACGGGCUGGAGACACUGAGGGACCUCUUCCCAAACCUCGCUGUCAUCCGCGGGAUAAACCUUUUCUUUAACUAUGCCUUGGUCAUCUUCGAAAUGAUUCACUUGAAAGAGAUCGGGCUGUACAGCCUCCAGAAUAUUACGAGGGGCGCCGUUCGCAUUGAGAAGAACCAUGACCUCUGUUACUUAGCCACCAUUGACUGGUCCUUUAUCCUGGAUCCUGUGGAAAAUAACUAUAUCGAUCGGAAUAAGCAGCAGAGCGAGUGCGGAGAUGUCUGCCCAGGAACCAUGGAGGACCAGCCACUUUGCAUCAAGACCAGUGUGAACAACCAGUACAACUACCGCUGCUGGAAUGCGAACCACUGCCAGAAAGUGUGCCCAAAAGCUUGUGGAAAGCGGGCUUGUAACAACUGGGAUGAGUGCUGCCACGAGGAGUGUCUGGGCGGCUGCACCGCAGUGAACAGCAACAGGGCCUGUAUGGCAUGUCAAAACUACUACCACGAGGGCCAGUGCCUGCGCAGCUGCCCACCGGGUACCUACAAGUAUGGAGGCUGGCGAUGCGUGACCAAGGACUUCUGUUCAGAACCCCAGAACAGUGGUUCCAAGGAACCAUUCGUACUUCACCAGGGGGAAUGUAUCCUAGAAUGUCCGGCAGGCUAUAUCCGCAAUGGUAGCAGCAUGUACUGCACCCCCUGUGAUGGCCCUUGUCCCAGUGUCUGUUCAGUGAAAACAAAGACCAUCGAUUCAGUCACCGCAGCCCAGAACCUGCAGGGAUGCACGGUUAUUGAUGGCAACUUGAUCAUCACAAUCCGCAGGGGGAACAACAUCGCUGCAGAGCUGGAGGCCAACCUCGGGCUGAUAGAAACUAUUUCGGGAUACGUGAAAAUCCGCCAUUCCUAUGCCCUCGUCUCACUUUCCUUCUUUAAGAGCCUGCGCUACAUCAAUGGCGAGGAUCAGCUGGAAGGGAACUAUUCUUUCUACGUGCUGGACAACCAGAACUUGCAGCAGCUGUGGGAUUGGAGCCGUCAUAACCUCACCAUCAAGCAGGGGAAGAUCUACUUUGCCUUCAACCCAAAGCUUUGUGUGUCUGAGAUUUACCGCAUGGUGGAGGUAGCUGGUGUGAAGGGGAGACAGGGCAGUGCUGACAUGGAGCAACGGACUAAUGGAGACCGAGCUUCCUGUGAAAGUCACAUCUUGAAGUUUACAGCCAAUUCCACAGCCAAGAACAGGAUAAUACUGAAAUGGGAGCGUUAUCGCCCUCCAGAUUACAGGGACCUCAUCAGUUUCAUUGUCUACUACAAAGAAGCACCUUUUCAAAAUUUGACUGAGUAUGAUGGGCAGGAUGCGUGCGGCUCCAAUAGCUGGAGCAUGGUUGACGUUGACCUUCCCCAGAGCAAGGCCCAAGAACCAGGAGUAUAUUUGACGAAUUUGAAGCCCUGGACCCAGUAUGCCAUUUUUGUCAAGGCGAUCACUCUCGCCACUUCUGAAGACGGCCGUAACCAUGGGGCAAAGAGUGAAAUCAUCUACAUGAAGACAAACGCCUCAGUGCCUUCAGUCCCUCUUGACGUGCUCUCUAUGUCUAACUCCUCAUCUCAGCUGGUUGUGAGGUGGAAGCCCCCUGCCUUUUCGAACGGGAACAUUACCUACUACCUGGUGCGUUGGCAACAGCAGUCAGAGGACACCGAGCUUUAUAAACAUGACUACUGCCACAAAGGUAUGAAGCUGCCCACCAGAAUUUCAGCAACCGGGGCAAUUGACUUGGAGGGUGAAGGUGAUGCUGAUCUCAAGCAGUCAGAGAAAACAGAGCACGGCCAAUGCUGCACCUGCCCAAAGUCGCCAGAUGAACUCAAGGCAGAAGCUGAGGAAGUUAUGUUUCAGAAAUCCUUCGAAAAUUUUCUGCACAACUCCAUCUUUAUGCCCAGGCCAUCCCGUAAGCGCAGAGACACGUUUGGAAUAGCGAACGCCACCCUCCCUGCCAAUAACACAGCCGUGCCUGAGCAGCACGGGAACAAUUCCAACCCAGAGAGAAAGCAGGACUACACCUUCUUUGAGAGCAAAGUGUGGUACAAGGACAGGACGGUGAUCUCGAACCUGCGGCACUUCACCACGUACCGUGUCGACAUCCAUGCGUGCAACCACGAAGCUCUUAAACUCGGCUGCAGUGUUUCUGCAUUUGUGUUUGCGAGAACCAUGCCAGCAGAAAAAGCUGAUAAUAUACCUGGACUUGUCAUGUGGGAGCCCGGGGACGAUGAUGUCAGCAUUUACCUCAAGUGGCCAGAACCACCAGGUCCAAAUGGGCUGAUCCUAAUGUACGAAGUGAGGUACAGCCGUGGGGACAGUGAGGUGCAGCAGGAGUGUGUUUCCAGGCAGCAGUACAAGCUGCACAAUGGUGGCUGUAAACUAGAUCGACUAAGCCCUGGGAAUUACACUGCGGAGGUGCGAGCCACCUCGCUGUCUGGCAAUGGCUCUUGGACUGAUCCAGUGAUGUUCUACAUAAAGGCAAAACCACCUGGACCUGAUAAUCUCAUGCAGUUGGUCAUUGCUUUGCCCAUCGCAGUAAUGUUGGUGAUAAUUAGCCUGGUGUUAACUCUGUACUUCUUCAACAAGAAGAGAAAUAGUGACAGACUUCCCAACGGAGUCCUGUACGCGUCUGUGAAUCCAGAGUAUUUCAGUGCUGCUGACAUGUAUGUACCGGAUGAGUGGGAAGUCCCACGUGAGAAGAUUACCAUGAGCCGCGAGUUGGGCCAAGGCUCCUUUGGGAUGGUGUACGAGGGUGUUGCUAAGGGCGUGGUGAAGGGGGAUCCGGAGACGAGAGUGGCCAUCAAAACCGUGAACGAGUCAGCCACAAUGCGAGAGCGCAUAGAAUUUCUCAAUGAGGCAUCGGUGAUGAAAGAGUUCAAUUGUCAUCAUGUGGUACGUCUGCUUGGUGUAGUAUCCCAAGGGCAGCCAACCUUGGUUAUUAUGGAACUGAUGACACGCGGGGACCUGAAGAGCUAUCUGCGGUCACUACGGCCAGAUGCAGAGAAUAAACCUGGCCAAGCACCACCCACGCUGAAAAAGAUGACUCAGAUGGCAGGCGAGAUCGCAGACGGCAUGUCUUACCUCAAUGCUAAUAAGUUUGUUCACCGAGAUUUAGCAGCUCGAAACUGUAUGGUGGCAGAGGAUUAUACUGUAAAGAUUGGAGAUUUUGGGAUGACGCGAGACAUCUACGAGACGGAUUAUUAUCGGAAAGGAGGGAAGGGGCUGCUCCCUGUCCGUUGGAUGUCUCCAGAAUCACUGAAAGAUGGUGUUUUCACCACACACUCCGACGUCUGGUCGUUUGGUGUUGUUCUCUGGGAGAUAGCCACAUUGGCUGAGCAGCCAUACCAGGGCAUGUCCAAUGAGCAAGUUCUGCGUUUUGUGAUGGAGGGCGGCUUGCUGGAGAGACCAGAAUCCUGUGCUGACAGCCUCUACGAGUUGAUGAGGAUGUGCUGGCAGUAUAACCCCAAGAUGCGUCCUGCGUUCAUGGAAAUCAUCCAGAGCAUCAAAGCUGACCUGGAGCCCUCCUUCAAAGAGGUCGCCUUCUUCUACAGCGAGGACUGCAAAGUCCGGGAUGUGGAGGAGUUUGAGAUCGAGGCAGACAACAUGGAGAGCAUCCCCCUCGACCCCUCCUCCACCCUUCAACACACUGACAAACACUCAGGUCACAAAGUGGAAAACGGACCCGGUGUCGUCUUGCGAGCCAGCUUUGACGAGCGGCAGCCAUACACUCACAUGAACGGGGGGAGGAAGAAUGAGAAGGUGUUGCCUUUGCCCCAGUCAACAGUCUGCUGA